GCUUCGCAAGAUUCUUCCUUGUUUGAGAAGAAAAUACACCUCGUCCUUUUGCUGCUUCGAUCUUCCUGCGAACUGCUUGCGUGCGCCAUCAGGACGCACAGCCUUACAAGCAAAGCCUUCGUCGCUAUCAAAGUUCGCAAUCAUGGGUAAGGAGAAGGUGCAUAUCAACAUUGUGGUCAUUGGACAUGUCGACUCCGGCAAGUCCACGACCACCGGCCACUUGAUCUACCAGCUGGGUGGGAUUGACAAGCGUGUGAUUGAGAGGUUCGAGAAGGAGGCUGCUGAGAUGAACAAGAGGUCCUUCAAGUACGCCUGGGUGCUGGACAAGCUCAAGGCCGAGCGCGAGCGCGGUAUCACCAUUGAUAUUGCCCUGUGGAAGUUCGAGACCACCAAGUACUACUGCACGGUUAUCGACGCCCCUGGACAUCGCGAUUUCAUCAAGAACAUGAUUACGGGGACCUCGCAGGCGGACUGCGCUGUGCUCAUUAUUGAUUCCACCACGGGAGGUUUUGAGGCUGGUAUCUCCAAGGAUGGCCAGACCCGUGAGCAUGCUCUUCUUGCUUUCACUCUGGGAGUGAAGCAGAUGAUCUGCGGUCUGAACAAGAUGGACGCCACCACCCCCAAGUACAGCAAGUCCCGCUAUGAGGAAAUCGUGAAGGAGGUGUCCACCUACCUCAAGCGUGUCGGCUACAACCCCGAGAAGAUUCCUUUCGUUCCCAUCUCCGGUUUCGAGGGUGACAACAUGAUCACCCGCUCCACCAACCUGGACUGGUACAAGGGUCCCACUCUUCUGGAGGCUCUCGACAACCUGUCUGAGCCCAAGCGUCCCUCUGACAAGCCCCUCAGGCUGCCACUCCAGGACGUGUACAAGAUUGGUGGUAUUGGCACAGUCCCGGUGGGCCGUGUCGAGACCGGUGUGAUCAAGCCCGGUAUGGUUGUGUGCUUCGCCCCCUCUGGCCUGACCACUGAAGUCAAGUCUGUGGAGAUGCACCACGAGUCCCUGCCUGAGGCUCUUCCCGGCGACAACGUCGGCUUCAACGUCAAGAACGUGUCGGUGAAGGAGCUGAAGAGAGGGUUCGUUGCCUCUGACUCGAAGAACGACCCCGCCAAGGAGUGCGCCAACUUCACUGCCCAGGUCAUCAUCAUGAACCACCCGGGCCAAAUCGGCAACGGCUACGCCCCCGUGCUGGACUGCCACACCUCCCACAUCGCCGUCAAGUUCUCGGAGAUCCUGACCAAGGUCGACAGGCGUUCCGGCAAGGAGCUCGAGAAGGAGCCCAAGUUCGUGAAGAACGGAGACGCCUGCUUCGUCAAGAUGAUUCCCACCAAGCCCAUGUGCGUGGAGACCUUCGCUGAGUACCCCCCCCUGGGGCGCUUCGCCGUGCGUGACAUGAGGCAAACCGUGGCCGUCGGUGUCAUCAAGGCCGUCGAGAAGAAGGAUGCGACCGGCGCCAAGGUGACCAAGGCCGCCCAGAAGAAGAAGUGAAGGGGCCUGCAGGAGUGGGGGGAGGGGGGUGGUCCUUCCGAACCCCACUGCCAGGGGGCUGCCAAGAGUUGGGUGGCGGAGGAAAGUGGUAUGCUCGCAAGACUUCCCUCGCUGCCGUUUCUUCGUAGGCUGCUGUUAGCUCAGCGGCGGCAGAACUGGGUUUUGGAUAGGCGGUGGCGAGGCCACGGGGAGUUCCACGCAUUUGCGGGGGGGUUUAGGGUUUAGGGAUUUGGGCUCCAGUGGAAGCAGCGUUUGUAGUAUGUGGUGGGUUUCGUAGAGGAGACUUGCCCGCAGGAGGAAGGGAUCCUGCGGUGCAGGGUACUCGAUGGGGCCUGCUGUUUAAUCUGGAUCGUAGAGCUGGUUUUGCGGAAAAUAACGGCCAUUGUAAUGUCGGUCAGUCAGCAGACGGUUUGUCAUCAGUAGAUGGGAUUCGUUUGUGCUGAUACUAGUGAUGAAGAGAAAAAACAUCACAAAAGCUGAGUUUCUCGCCAACCAUUCAUUCCAGUGCGCAUCAUGGCUGGCAUGGUCUUUGUGCCUGUGUUUAGUUAAGUGGUUUUCGUGUGCUGUAUAAUUUAUGUAGGAGGUAUGCGGAUCAACUUUUGUGAUGAUGAGCCAUUCAAUGACAAUUGCCUGAACUCGGCCGUAUCCAG